AUGGGAAAGCUGAUCAGAGCCGUAGGAGCACCACAGCUAUGGACAACAAUACUUUGUGGAGCUCUGCUUCUUGUAACCCUGGCAGCUGCAGCCUUGCCAGAGGAAGCUCUUAUAGUGCCAGGCACUCUACCCCUUGACGCAGAUGGCAACUCAGUGCAUGCCCAUGGCGGAGGCGUGCUAAAGGUGAAAGACACCUUCUACUGGUUUGGGGAGAGCUAUAAGAGGCCCCUUCUUGGUGAUUUUCUGUCAGAGGGCGUCAAUUUGUACUCCAGCACAGACAUGGCCACGUGGCACUAUGUGGGCCUGGUCUUCAAUGGCACACAGCAGAUGGUGGACCUGCCCGCCGACAUGGGCAGCGCCCCCUUCAGAAUAGAGCGCCCCAAGAUCCUGUACAACGAGGCGUACAACAACUACGUGCUGCUGUUCCACUCGGACACGCCUAAGUUCGGCUACCCGUCCGUGGGAGUGGCGGUGGCCAAGGAGAUCACGGGCCCCUAUGAGUGGGUGCGCUGUUUCCAGCCGGACGGCAAAGCCAGCUAUGACAUGGGCGUGUUCCAAGAGGAUGACGGGACAGCAUUCCUGGUGCGGAGCGUAGAGAACAAGUAUGUGGGCAUCUCGCAGCUAAGCCCCGACUACACAGACACCCUCGGCAUCUCCUCCACCGCCCCCCAGGCGGAGGGCCCCGCGGUGUUCAGGCCGGUGUCCGGCAGCUACUUUAUGAUGGGCUCCCACUUGACUGGCUGGGCGCCCAACCCCCCCCAGCUGUUUCAUGCGUCAGCCCCCUCGUUGCACAACGCCACCUGGACCGAGCUGCCAGAGCCCGCCAGGGGCGAGGGCGCCAACAUCACCUACAACUCACAGUCCAGCUUUGUCUUCCCGCUGGAGUUCGCAGACGGCACCAUCCUGUACAUCUACAUGGGUGACCGAUGGAACUUUUACGGCCCUGGCAAGGUGGAGAAUGCCACCUACGUGUGGCUGCCGCUGCUGCCGCGCACCGAUGGGGCCGGCUACGAGCUGCAGUUUGAGAACGAGUGGCGGCCGGCCGAUUUCCGGGACCGCGCGCGCGUCCCGGUCGUGUACAACACAGGCACCGCACCGGCGCCGGCCGCUGCCGCCGAGACGACUGGCGGCGCGCGCGUGCAGGGCGGCGGUGCCGCCGCAACCACCCCCUCGGGGCCGACCGGCGCGGCCGCCAAGCGGACGCCAACGCAGCCGCCGGCCGGCAUCGAAGCGUUUACCCGGCCGUCAAUCUUCGCGCUGUCGAGCACGGCGGCCAGCCGGGCUGCGGCGCCGAGCAUGACGACUGCCGCGGGCGGGAGCUUUGCGCGGCGCGCGGCCAACCGCGUGGAGGCCUGGCUGACAGGCUGA